GUCUCCAACAGUCUGGAGCCACUAAUCUUUCCAAAGAGAAAAUCCAGGGCAACACGCUGAAAAGUUCAUGUGCGCAAGAGGAAUGUAAACGCUGACUAUCGCGCGCAGAAACAAUGCGUGUCCGCACUCCUCGUAUCUGUGUCGGGCUGUCGCUCUCAGGGAACAAAAGUCUGAACUCGGGCUUGUGCAGCUCUCUUUGUUCUGCUCACAUCCUUGUGUUUGUAACACUAUCGUGUCAUCGCUGCACCGCUCAGUGUGCACAGCGGGGCCACACCUCUCCUCUGCCUACACUCCCCCCACGGCUGUCCACGCGCAGUUCCGCGUUGCUGCUGCAUUUAAAUCCUGCAGUUUCCUCAAACCCGCAGUUCCAGCGACUCACCCGGCACCAUGUCCGACAGCAGCACCUUCGACACCAACGUGGUCACCGUGACCCGCUUCGUCAUGGAGCAGGGCAGGAAGGCCAAAGGCACGGGGGAGCUGACCACGCUGCUCAACUCGCUGUGCACGGCGGUGAAGGCCAUCUCCAGCGCUGUGCGCAAAGCUGGGAUCGCCCACCUUUACGGCAUCGCCGGCAGCACCAAUGUGACGGGCGAUCAGGUGAAGAAGCUGGACAUCCUGUCCAACGAUCUGGUCAUCAACAUGAUCAAGUCAUCGUUCACCUCCUGCGUGCUGGUGUCUGAAGAGAAUGACAAAGCCAUCAUAGUGGAGCCAGACAGGAGGGGGAAAUACAUCGUGUGCUUCGAUCCUUUGGACGGCUCCUCCAACAUCGACUGUCUCGUCUCCAUUGGCACCAUCUUUGCCAUUUACAAAAAGACCACAGAUGAUGAGCCCUGUGAGAAGGACGCUCUGCAGCCUGGCAGGAACCUCGUGGCAGCGGGCUACGCCCUCUACGGCAGCGCCACCAUGGUAGUGCUCUCCACCGGCCAGGGAGUCAACUGCUUCAUGCUCGACCCGGCAAUCGGGGAGUUCAUACUGGUCGAGCGGGAUGUGAAGAUCAAGAAACGAGGGAAGAUUUACAGCUUGAAUGAAGGUUAUGCAAAGUACUUUGACCCUGCUGUCACAGAGUACCUGCAGAACAAGAAGUUCCCUCAGGACGGCAGUGAGCCCUAUGGCUCCCGCUACAUUGGCUCUAUGGUGGCAGAUGUGCACAGAACGCUGAUGUAUGGAGGAAUCUUUUUAUACCCAGGAAAUAUGAAAAGCCCCAAGGGAAAGCUGCGUCUGCUGUACGAAUGCAACCCCAUGGCCUUCAUCAUGGAGCAGGCGGGCGGCAUGGCCUCCACGGGCUUCGAGAACAUCCUGGACAUCCAGCCUGAGAGCAUCCACCAAAGAGCUCCUGUGGCUAUGGGCUCCUCCGAGGACGUGCUGGAGUACAUCGCCAUCUGCAAGAAACACGCCAAGAAGUGAGACCGCACGGAUCAGGGACUCACACAGCUGUCCUCCUGUUGGGAUGCACGUUACUGCCUCUGUAAUGAUGGUUUUUAUGUAAAAAUGGGUUUCAAAGACCAAAAAUGUGAAGAGAUUUGGAGGCACAGUGUUUUCAUGCCACAUUAGGCCUCCCAUUUUUAAGAGGUGCUUCAUAAGUUCACAUACUGCUAAACAAAAGCUACCAAAGACCAAAAAUGUGCCAAAAACACACAAAUGCACUUCAGUCUGAGACCUUUGCUCCUCAGUUUACCUCCAGUUGUGCCUUAAAUCAAAGAGACAUUCCAGAUGUGCAAAAGAACAAAAACAGCCUCUUUGCAACCAAACGUGAUUCUUUUAUUAUGUGAAAUAACCGCUGUUUGGAACAAUGAAGUCUCUCAAUAAAUAAUA